CGCAGUGCAUUUCAAUCGAGAUACGGCUUCCUUCUUUGACGAACCGGGCAUAUUAAUUGGUAUAAUGUCGAGAAGAAAAGAGAAAUAGGAUGUCUUAUGUGGGUUUUUCCCCGCGAGUGGGUUUAUCUCCGAAUCCACCCACGAUCAUGUGGGCUUUAUCCCGAUAGAUGGGUCUUCUUCCGAGGCGCCCCUUAGAAGUUUUACUGACUAGAGGAGCUUAUGACAUACGUCUAAUAGUAAUUAUUUCUAAGAAAAUGCGCAAAUUAGGAUUCAUCAUUAAUCCAGCCCAGGCCUGUUUCAUGUUUGGGGCUGAGUAGUCGAGUUGUCCAGUUGUUGAUUGUAUACCCGUGAUCUGACUCUGCCUCUUUCCGCUUCACACCUCAUAUAUUCUUUUCCACCGAUGUCUUCGGCAAUAAAUAUGAAUAGCAGCAGAGCCAUAUGCAGAUUAACGAGAGGUAAAUCCCACAGGUAAAUGCUUCCAACAAUACUCUCUAACGCCCACAUAGUCUCGGCUUUUUCAUCACUCCCUACUCGGCUACUCUAUCCAUCGCUACAGACGUCUUCUUAUGGCAUCCGAAAGUAUAGCCCCUCUCAACCGAGGUGCUCAAAGAGUAAAGCACUCUCAACAGACAGGGAAAAGACAGGUUUAUUAGAAUAUACCACUGCUAAACUCGACCAAAUCGCCGCCUGGGCACGUAAUGGAUCAUUCUGGCCCUUGAGUUUCGGGUUAGCAUGCUGUAGUAUAGAAAUGAUGCACGCCUCAAUGCCACGAUACGACCAAGACCGACUCGGAAUCAUCUUUCGCGCCUCACCCCGACAAGCAGAUGUUAUGAUCGUCGCGGGGACCGUUACGAAUAAGAUGGCAUCCGCCGUUCGCCAGUGCUAUGAUCAGAUGCCCGAGCCGCGGUGGGUGAUCAGUAUGGGGAGUUGUGCGAAUGGAGGUGGAUAUUAUCACUAUAGUUAUAGUGUCGUGCGUGGAGUUGAUAGGAUUCUUCCUGUCGAUGUGUAUGUCCCUGGGUGCCCGCCGACUGCUGAGGCGUUGUUACAGGGGGUAUUUUUGUUGCAGAGUAAGAUUAGAAGGACGAAGGUGUCUAGAAUGUGGUAUCGUCGGUAGGCCUUUGGUGGCUUGAUGCUUGCGCUUGCCUGAGAUGUUUUUUAUCAUACAGUCAUAUGUAUUAGAAUGGGA